GCAAACACCCGGCAAGUCUCGAUCCAAAUCAGAGUCCACCAGCUUAGUAAGCUUAGCGCGCGCGGCUGUGGAGUACGGGUGGUGUGGACUGUGGAGUACUGGAGUCUGGAGCCCUUGACCAGAGAGAUGAGCAAUAUGGACGGCGGCAACUCCGACCAGGCAACGGCGCCAUCGAAGAAGCUAAUCACCGUGCUGAGCAUCGACGGCGGUGGCAUCCGCGGCCUCAUCCCCUCCACCAUCCUCGCCUGCCUCGAGACCAAGCUCCAAGCGAUAGACGGGCCGAAAGCGCGGAUCGCGGACUACUUCGACGUGAUCGCCGGGACUAGCACGGGGGCGUUGUUGACCUGCAUGCUGGCGACCCCAUCCCCAGGGGACAACAAGCUGCCGGUCAAGGCAGCCAGCGAGCUCAACGAAUUCUACCUUGAACACGGGCCCAAGAUCUUCCCGCAGAAGAAGCUCGGGUUCCUGAACAAGGCGGCGAACAUGGUCGGUGCCGUCAUGGGCCCGAAGUACGACGGGAAAGUCCUCCACGAGAAGAUCAAGGACGUCACCGGCAAGGUCAAAAUCAAGGAUACGAUCACCAACAUCCUCGUGCCCACCUUCGACGUCAAGCACCUGCAGCCCGUCAUCUUCUCCACCGACGAGGCCAAGGUGGAUCCCCUCAAGAACGCGUACCUCUCAGACAUCUGCAUCAGCACCUCGGCGGCACCGAUCUACUUCCCGGCGUACUUAUUCGAGGUCGAGGAGUGGAAGUACAACCUCAUCGACGGCGGGGUCGCUGCCAACAACCCAACCAUGGCGGCCAUCACGUCGAUGAUGAUCCCCAAGGAGGUGCCUGGCGGGAAGCUAGAAUCCUCACCCAGGAACCACGCCGAGGACAAUGACUUCCUCGUCAUCUCUCUCGGGACGGGAUACACCAGGCCGGAGGAGGAGUACACGGCACCGAAGUGCGCCAAGUGGGGAGCCUGGCAGUGGAUCUACAAAGGCGGGUUCACGCCGCUGAUCGACAUUUUUUCGCAUGCCAGCGCCGACAUGGUGGACAUUCACGUCAACGUGCUUUUCAAGGCGCUCCGCAUGGAGGAGAACUACCUCCGGAUCCAGCACGACUUCCUGAAGGGCGACACCUCAUCGAUGGACCUCGCCACGAAUAAGAACAUGCACGCGCUCAUAGGGAUCGGGGAGAAGCUGCUCAAGAGUAAGGUGGCCAGGGUCAACAUCAACACCGGGGUGCAUGAACCCGUGGAGGGGAAGGGCACCAACGAGGAGGCGCUGGCAAGGUUCGCCACGAAGCUCGCCGAGGAGCGCAAGCGGCGUGCCAACCCAAAAACUCAUUCCUAGGAGGGUGUGUGCACACCACCACAACCACAAGAUCCUUGAAGAUUCUUGCUGCUCCCGUUCAAUGAUUCUUAUCUUAAAUUUGCUCAAAAGUGGAUUUAUCUAUUUCUAAAAUAAAUUCUAGAUACAUGUAAUAUUUUCAUAAAAAUUAUGUAACGAAUAAAGUAUUUUUUACAGCAUGCAACCUCUUUAUUUUUG